GUAUUCUCCUGGCGAGGAGCUGCAGAGGAAGGGGUUAGUAAAUAAAUAUCUCUGUUGAUUGACUUGUUAAUGGUUCUGUCAGAGCAAUGGGACUUUCUAAGGAGUCUUCAUCCCUGUCCAUUCUUAAAGUCAUGGUGAUGCUGCAGCUGAAUGAGUGAUUAAAACAAAAGCCCCUGUGGUCCUCCUGCUGCACCUGCACGCUUCCUCAUGGAUUCCAGCAGCGAUGAAGCCCUCGACAUCAUCAUCACGAAUGUGGUGGCGACCUUCAGGACCAGAUGUCACCUAAAUCUACGGACCAUCGCCUUGGAAGGAACUAAUGUCAUCUACAAACCCGAAGUUGGGAAAGUUCUGAUGAAACUUCGGAAGCCCACGAUAACGGCCUCAAUCUGGUCCUCGGGGAAAAUCAUCUGCACUGGAGCAACAAGUGAGGAUGAUGCAAAGCUGGGUGCUCGCAGAUUAGCUCGCUGCCUGCAGAAACUUGGAUUUAAGGUGAAGUUUUCAGCCUUCAGAGUUGUGAAUGUGCUCGCCGUCUGCUCCAUGCCAUUUGCCAUUCAUCUCAUAGACUUCACAAAGAACAACCGGCCCAUUGCCAGUUAUGAACCUGAGCUCCAUCCUGCUGUUACGUACAGAAUCAAGAACUUAAAGGCUACAUUUCAAGUGUUCUCAACUGGCAGCCUCACAGUUACAGGACCAAACGUGCAGGCCGUGGCGACAGCAGUGGAGCAGGUUUACCCUCUUCUCUUUGAGGUUCGGAAACCUCUCUGCAAAUGAAGGAAACGUUUUACGCCACCCGAGUGAUGAGGAAGCACCUUAUCUAAACCAGCUCUAAGUCCUAACCCCACCCCUAUCCUAGCUUGACUCUUAAGCCUGAUUCAUGCUUCUCCGUCUGUGUCAGUGCGGAGACACGCAACGUCCUUGCGGGCCUGCUGGAGAGCUCCGCAAGGACGGACGGAGUCGAGCCCAUUUGUCUAAACACCCGUCAGUCGAGACGGACAACGCAAGCUUGUGAUUGGUCAGGGCACCGCUGUUGUUUACAGCGCCGCCAUUGCGCCCUCAAAAACAUAAAGAGUGCCGAGGAUAACUAGCGGCAGACACGGAGAAGCUUGAAGAAUACCUCGCGAAAAAACUCUAAAAAUAUGAACGUUUAAUUCUCCCGUGACUGGAGGAGUGAAAAUAUGCGCAGCAAGCGUUUUAUCUGUGGACGGAAACGACAGGAAACAUGGGUUUAGAGGUAGGGAGUGCAUGAAGAGGUGGAGGAGGAUGAGGGACAACUGUGUCUGUUAAAAAGUCUCUUAGAUACAAAAACAUAAUAUAAACACACUAUCUUGGACCGAUACAUGACAGGAUACCACAGUACAGCGCUACGCCCUCUGUUGUCCUGCCGGGCAAUUGCUUUGCAACACUCUCCAGGAGACGGAGAGGUAUGAGAGCAAACUGCUUCCGUCAAUCCGUGCGUGUCUGUCCCUUGCGGAGCUGACGGAGAAGCAUGAACCAGGCUUUAAAGGUAUUGGGGUGUUUAUGCAUGGAUGCUGGAGCGAGUUAUUUUAAUGCUCAAUGGUGGUGAUUGUUGCUUUUGUACAAGUCCUUCCAGUUUUCUUUGACAAAAACCUCUGUCUGCGGUUUGUUUGUAGAGUUGUGACGCAGGUGUGAGGCAUCCACUCCUUUUUGUACAGCUGUAUGUAAAACAGGAAGCUAGCUGAAUCUGAUGCUUUGAGAGAACAUAAAGCUAAACCAGGUCCUGAUUGGCCCUAUCUCAGUUAUCCAUCCAUCCAUUUUCUGAACCCGCUCCGUCCUCGCGGGGGGGGGGGGGGGGGCUGGGCUGGGCUGGUGCCUAUCUCCAACGGGCAAUUAGGCGGGGUACACCCUGGACAGAGAGCCAGUCCAUUGCAGGGCCCAUCCCAGUUGUAUUUUUCUUAUUAGUGUUUUCUCUUGGAGAUCUCUGGUAUUUGUCCAAAAUGAGCUCACAUUUGGCUUUACUUCAUGCUCUUUAUUUUAUUAGGAUAUUUAUUCUUAAGCUAGUGUGCUCACAUGAUGUAAAUGUUUUAAAUGGACAACAGUCCCAACAUUUCAGAAUUCCAAUUUUUAAAACAUUUGGUGUUAAAAUGAUCUUUUAUUGUCUAAGUGGGGGGGGGG